AUGCUGGAAAAUGUUCAUGUAGUCUAUUGGAUUGAUAGUGGCACGUUAUUAGGAGUCUAUCGUGCACGACAACUUAUACCGUGGGAUUACAAUGCCGAUGUAGGGAUUAUGAGGGCCGGUUUAAACUAUAUUCGAUCUACUGAUAAGGAGGUAUUAAAAGUACCGGAAGGAUACAACCUUGAAGUGUUUAAUAGUUCGCUCUAUGAUCCUGGAGAGACGUCGAUGGCAGUGCCAGUGAAGUUUGUGGACACGAAAUUUGGAUUCUACGCAAACGUAUAUGCGUUUGAGGAAUUUGAAGGACUUUUCAAGGACGAUAUAAAACCAGCAUCUGCACCAGUAGAGGAAGAGGUGGUGACGGUGGGCGAUGGUGUUAUAGUGGAGAAACUAAUGGGACCAGCACCGUCGGAGCAUUGGCACCGGUGCAUCCAUUGUCUUGUUGUGGGGGAGGAUGAAGAUACCGAUAGCAGUAGAAAGUUUGAUCCCACAGUUGUGAAACAUUUUCGUAUUCCAAGAGAUUGGGUGUUCCCGCUACGACCGUGCAAGGUGGAGAUGUUUGAAGUCAUGUGCCCGGCGCAAAUGACGUCAUACCUCAUGUACAUUUUUGGAAACAGGUUCCUGACGCCCGAGUUGUGGGAGUAA